GUCACUUAACAAGUUUGGCGCGGUUGUUCUAAAUCAAACCAUUCCUGUUUUUGAUUUUUGAUAUAACAUUGAAUAUUAAUUCAUUUAAACAUGAAUAAAAACAAAAUGGGUAGCAGUGACGAAGAAGAGUCCUUUAGUAAUGAAAAUAAUUCUAAAAAUGAAAGUCCAGAAAAGUUAAAUGAUGAAAGUUUGGAUGAAAAAGACGUUAUGAAAAUUCUUGUUGCUACAGAUCUUCAUUUAGGUUAUGAACAAACAACAAAAAGAGUACAAGAAGAUGACAGUUUCAGAACUUUUGAAGAAAUUUUACAGUAUGCAGAAGAACAUGAAGUAGAUAUGAUUCUUUUAGGUGGCGAUUUAUUUCAUGAAGCUAAACCUUCACAUAACGUUGUCACGAAAUGCAUUAAUUUAUUGCGAAAAUAUUGUUUAAAUGAAAGGCAGGUAAAAAUUCAAUUUCUCACUGAUCCAGAAGUUGCUUUUAGUCAUUGCGAACAAAAAAAAGUUAAUUACGAAGAUAAAAAUUUCAAAGUUGGAAUUCCAGUAUUUUCAAUUCAUGGCAAUCACGAUGAUCCAAGUUUUGGAGCUGUUGGAACAAUGGACGUUCUUGCAGCUACUGGGCUCAUAAAUUAUUUCGGAAAGUGGUCUGAUGUCACGAAAAUUUCAAUCGUUCCUUUACUUUUUCGGAAAGGAAGUACUACUGUUGCUCUUUACGGAUUAAGUUAUAUGAAUGACCAACGACUCUCCCGGCUGAUAAGAAACGAUAAGUUUCAUUUUGUGCGAGGUGAAGAAACUGGAAACCCCUUCAAUAUGUUAAUUUUGCAUCAAAAUAGGGCUCAACAUAGUAAAAAUUCAUUUGUUCCUGAAGAUUUACUGCCAGAUUUUCUAGAUCUUGUUAUUUACGGGCAUGAACAUGAAUGUUUAAUAAUGCCUGAACGAUCAAAGCUAAAUCCGAAAAUUCACGUGUGUCAACCUGGAAGCUCCGUAGCAACUUCAUUAGCUCAAGGAGAGUCCGUUCCAAAGCACGUUGGAUUAUUGAGUAUUUAUAAAAAUAAAUUCAAAAUGGAUCAAUUGCCACUGAAAACUGUCAGACCUUUUGUUUUCGAGGACUUAUUACUCAAUGAAUGUAAUGAUGAAAUUUCUACUUUUAAAAGUAGGACUGAAGCCGUAGAAGAGUUUGUUGAUAACUACGUUGAAAACGUGUUAAUUCCACGAGCUACUGAAUUAUUAACUGAUCAUCCAAUGCAGCCUCAAAAACCGUUAAUCAGACUGAGAAUAUUUUAUAGCAAUGAUAAUGAUAUGUUUGAUCCAUUAAGGCUUUCUCAAAAGUAUUACCAUGUUGUUGCGAAUCCACAUGAUAUAUUUCUUUUCCGAAAAUGUUCGUCAAAAUUGAAAAAAAAAGACAUCAUUCCAUCUAAUCAAGAUCUUGGAGAAAUAGAAGAAAUAUUUCGUUUUGAUGAGGGGGACAAAGACUGGAAACGAUCUGUUCAAGGAGGAAUCAGUGAUUACUUUAAACAAGAUGACCAGGUGGGCAAGCUCACUGUUCUCUCUUUGAAUGAACUUAAUCGAGCACUGUCACGUUUCGUAGACACUAAUGAUGGAAACGCCUUCAACGAACUUGUAGAGCAUCAAGUUAAGGAAACUGUCUCAUAUUUACUAGAAGAUGGUCGUGAUUAUAAAAAUAAACAAGAUAUUUUAGAAGGAAUUAAAGAUUAUUCUAUUGCUCGUGAAUUGUCUGAAGAAGAUAAUAAAGAAAAAAAUUUUAAUCAUAAUGUGAAGAAUGUAAACAGUAACGAUGAUGCUCUUCCUGAUGACACACCUGCUAAAAAAAGAGGAAAGUAUCAAAAACUUGAUGAUGAAGAAGCUGAUUGCUUGCAAAAUAAUACAAAACGAAGUAAAGCAAAAGUAUCAAAAAAAAUUUCAGCUCUUGAUAUAAGUACUUCUAGUGGAUCUAAAAAAAUUUAAACUAGAAUCUAUUUGAUAUUUUAAAAUAUCAGUUUUGAUUCAGAAUAAAAAAAUUGACAUUGUUAUUCAAAUUCUUACAUUUAUGUGUCAAUAUUAUUGUUCAAACUCUUUUAUUAAAUGUUAUUUAAACGUUUUUAAAUAUAAUGUCGUUGUUAAAUCACAAAAAUAAUUCCUAAGAGUGAAUAAAACAUUUUUAUAUUGAAAAA